CCAAAACUCCAAUUUCACAGACGUCCUGCAUGGAGUUUUAUUUUGAAGGCCACAUUCUGUGACUUCCGGUGUGUCUCCUCUCGCAGCGUGAAGACUUUCUCCAUCCCCCCUACACUGUCUGCGGCUCUGCUCGAACCUUCGGCUCCUCUCGUCCAGGUGUGACAUUCUUGGAGCGCCUCCGCGGGGCCGAGAAGAUGACGGACUUCUCACCGCGAGACUCUGUCCCGGAGCCGGCCGUCGGCGCGGUGAACGAGCGGUGUGAGCCGGAGGAGUCGCCCCAGCAGCCGCAGGAGGAGAGCACGGGAAGUCMGGGAGAGGGCUUGAAGAUGGACCAGGAGAUGGAGAUCACAGAGAGCAUAGAGGACCGAGGUCUACUGGAGAGCAGUAUGCGUCUCAAGCCUCACGAAGCCCAGAGCUACAGGAAGAAAGCCCUGUGGGUGUCCUGGGCRUCCAUCGUGGUCACCAUCGUCCUGGCCAUCGCUGCUUUCACCGUUUCCAUCAUGCGCCACAGUGCUUCAGCAUUUGGAUUUGCUUUUGACGCAGUGCUGGAUGUCCUGUCCUCUGUCAUCGUGCUGUGGCGCUACAGCAACGCUGCCGCCGUCCACUCGGCGCACAGGGAGUACAUAGCCUGUGUUAUCCUGGGCAUCAUUUUCAUCCUGUCCUCCCUGUGCAUCAUGGGAAAGGCCGUCCACGACCUCGCCACCAAGCUGCUGCCUGAAGUGGACGACUUCCUGUUCAGCGUGUCCAUCGUCAGCGGCCUGACCUGUCUCAUCCUGGCGGUCAUCAAGUUCAUGCUGGGCAAAGUGCUCACCAGCCGAGCCCUGGUCACCGACGGGUUCAACUCUCUGGUCGGGGGGAUCAUGGGCUUCUCUAUCCUCAUCAGCGCCGAAGUGUUCAAACACGAGCCCAAAGUCUGGUACCUGGACGGGACUAUAGGUGUCCUCAUGGGCCUCAUCAUCCUCGCCUACGGAGUCAAGUUGCUGAUGGACAUGGUCCCUCGAGUCCGACAGACCAGGAACUACGAGCGCUUUGAGUGACGGAUCACAGAGGAGGAGGUCUGACUGAGGAACUGUAGAGACCAUCACACUGGGUCCUUCGGGCAUCAGGAUCUGGGACUGGGUUUUGGUGUACAAAUCGUCUCAGUGAGUGGACUGACUACGUCCUCACGUCUCCUCAGCUGUGGACAGAUGAGCUCGAUCCACCAGAAACUUUCAUUCAGGAAGUGGUGUGUUCCAGCAGGAGUUCAUCACUCAGCUGAGACGUUUCUGGUCUUUUAACUUUUUAUUACCUCAUCAGUUCAAGAAGGUCCACAAGGACUGGGCUACCUGGAAGCUUAGGUGCUGAAGAGGAAAAAAGAAACCAUUCUCUUGGUGUUUUACAGAACUCGACUCUUAUCUGCAGCAAACUGCAGGUUUAACAAAAAAAAAGUUUGUCAGUGAUUUGUUCAGAGCCGUCGCCACCUGCUGACCAAACUGAAGAACUGCAAUGUUUUAAAUAUUUAUAUUUAAUAUCCAAAAUAUACACAAAUACACACUGGGUCCUUGAGGACCUGCUACUGUAGUAAUAUGUACAAAAUGAGUACAGAUACCACAUACUAUAGGAAGUUGAGUAAUAUCACACAUACCUGAACUCUCCAUCUCUGAACUUUAAAGUUUUGUCGAAACAAAUAAAUUGUGAUGUUUGAGUUUUUCUUAGAGCUUCAGCUCCACAAAGCUUUAGUCUCAGGAUGCCCUGCAGAACCAGACAGAUGUUUACAGAUUGUGACUCAGAGCUUUUAUUUGGGAUCCAUGCAUUUUCUCACCAGCUGCUGUUUGAUUUGUUCCUCCUUGUGUCGACACAUGAAGCAUUUACACAGUAAUUAACUUAUUGGUGUUCAUCCUUUACGCCGCCCUGACUCACAGGGAAGAGAGCCCGGGUCAGACCCAGAACUCUCCGGACAGAUUAUAGAUCCUCUCUGGACCGGGACACCUUGGGGACCUGCUGGAGGAGCAGGUCUGGGUUUCUGUCCUGGACCUGUUCCCUCCACAGACUGAUGUGUUCCUCAGGGGGACCCUGUGGUGACGUUUGGUAACCCCUCAGAUCAAAGUGUGUCCAAAACUGUUCUUCUGUAAAUGUUCUGUAGAUUUAACGUUUAAUGUGAUGUUGAAUAAAAAUCUGAGCCGUUUGUCACAGAAAAAAGAUUUAUUUAAAAAUAAAGUUGUUUCCCUCUGACUCACAAACAAAAACAAACUGUUAUUCACUUUUCUGGAUUCUGGAUGCUUCAAACUUUAAAACAUAAAAAAUCCUUUUUUUUUUUUUUACUAAAGGAAACAUUCGAUGCUGAUGAUGAAGAUGAUGAUCUGUUAUGUCCAAUGAGGCUUCAGCUGCUGGGAAUUCUGGGUAAAUUAGAACAGACUCCAGUCACAUGAGCUCGUCUGAUGGGAGUCAUGGGAACUCCAUAAUCUAAUCCACUGAAUUACCUUUAACUCAGUUACAUUUACUCCAAUUUAACCAAAGAUAUGUUCAAAAUAAAAGCACAAAAAGGCACAUUUUAUAAAAACAAAAACAUUAAACUUGGCAGCACGACAUGAUAACGUUCAUUCUGAUUUUACAUUUGUGCAAAGACAAAACACGAUUGGAAAAUAAAAGCUUAAUUUAAAAAAAAGCACAAUUGUUACUGUCAACUUUUAAAGAGAUGAGAGAAAAAAGUUUUUACCCAAUUCACGUGAAAAAUAAAACCUUCUGACGUCUGGAUCAGACUUAAAAUCAGAACCCCUCUUUAAAUUACUCUCCAUAAAUAAAACAAA